UGCCGUAUCAACGACGAAAAUGAGGGGAAGCUGAUAAUUGGGGAGCCCGACUUCGUGUCGCCCUAGGGGAGAGCGCUGAUGGUGGGGCUGAUGAAGAAAAGGCACCGCGCGUAUAGAUUCAGCGACGACGAGCGUGGGAGGCUGGAUGUGGACAAGAUUCCGAUGAUCAAGAUCCACACGGUCCCACAUGAGCCAUGGAAUCUGAGGGGCGCACGGUACCCCAAUCCAGACGAGGAAAAGAUGGUGGUGGACUACCUAGACGGCAAGAUGCGGACGCACGUGGCCGAUUAUUCCAGUGGGCCGUACGCGUCGCCUUGGUUUUGUUUUAUUAAACCAAAUGGGACGCUAAGGUGGGUGCAGGAUUUGCGACGGCUAAAUGUGGUGACAAUGCGGGACGCGGGAGGAUUGCCGAACGCAGACGCAUUGUCAGAAUCGUGCGCAGGGAGGCCUAUAAUCUCGCUUAUAGACCUCUACUCGAGGUAUGAUCAAUUCCCCGUAUACCCGCCAGACACGCCCGUAACGGCAAUGCACACUCUUAGAGGGAUGAUUUAUAUGAACGUGGCGCCUCAAGGUUGGACGAAUGCAGUGGCGAUGGUGCAAAGGCAUAUGAUCAGAGCCAUGCAGACGGUUAGCCCACAUAUCACCCAGCCCUAUAUCGAUGACUUGGCGGUCAAGGAUCCGAAGGAGAAGGAGGAAGACGAAGUGAUGCCCGGUGUGCGGCGCUUUGUUGGGAAGCAUGUCCAAGACAUCGAUCAGGUACUGGGGUUAUUGGAGGAACAUAACCUGAUGGCGAGCGGCCCCAAGUCGAAACAUUGUAUAAGGGAGGCCACGAUUCUAGGAUUCGUCUGCAAUGAGAGUGGGCGGAGGCCUGAUGUAAAGAAGACAUAUAAGAUUCUUGAGUGGCCAGUGCCCUUCCGCUCGAUAAUGGAUGUGAGGAGCUUCCUUGGGACGUGCGGAUUUUGGAGGAGCUUCGUGAAGGACUUUGCCACGAAGACGGAACAUUUAAGGAAGUUGGUGCGCCAGGAUCAAGAAUGGGUCUGGGGUGAAGACCUGGAAGAGGCGGUCGGUAGGAUGAAGGGAGAGUUUAAGGAAGGGGGCUUGGUAUUGGGAGCGCCAAAUUAUGAGGCCAGGGAGGAAAGACCAUUCGUCAUUGAGACGGACGCUGGGCUAACUGCCUUGGGAGGAGUCCUGAUUCAGGCAAAUACUGAAGGGAAGAAGAGGCCGCUAAGAUUUGAAAGUCGUACCCUCAAUACAACUGAGAGGAACUACUCUCUGUUCAAGAAGGAGACGUUGGCGGUACUUCAUUGCCUAAGGACCUUCCGGAACUAUGUUUUUGGCAGGAGGCUCGUCUUGAGGGUGGACCGUACUACACUGGCAUGUUCCCUGAAGAAUUAUGCUCCAUCUGACCCAACCGUUGCAAGAUGGUUGACCUACAUUUGGAUGUUUAAUUUCGAGUUGGAAAGGAUACCAGGGAACAAGAACAGGGCAGAUGGGUUAAGCCGCAUCAACUGGGACGGAUCGGACGAGGAAUCGAUAGAAGACACGCCGCCAGUUGAUGGGUUUUUGGAUCAAGAGGAAGACAUCCACCUGCACAUAAACGAAUGGUCCCUACGAGUGCCCAGUUGUGCCAGCCACCCCAUAUGGCUGGCACCAACGGGGAACGGGCAGAAGGGAGAGUUAGUCCUCAAGCCCUUUCAGGAGGAGGAUCCGUGGGGAAGUAAGGAUGUUGGUUGGAUGAUGAAGUUGGCGUUGGCAGGUACGCAUAGUCUGGUGGACGAAGUGAGGACAAUAGAAGAAGGCCCCACUCAGGUAGAGGAGCAUGAGCAGCUAAUGAGAGGGAUGUACUUGCUCACCAAUACGCUCCUGCAAGGAGACUUAGACCGAAAGGGAUCGUUCAGUCAUGAGGAGAAUGAGAUUCUGGUUCCUGAAAGCCGAGACGACGAAUUCGAGGAAGGGGAAAUCAAGGAGGCGUUUCGCGCGGAGGAGUACGAUGGGAUCUACCGGGAAUCGGGGUUGCUCCUAUCAUGUGAGAUAAGGGAUAGAGAUGCGAGUGCCAAGGCACAGAAGAUGAGGCACCUCUAUGUGGUAAGAGAUGGCCACUUGUUUAUAAAGCGGCAGGUCGGGAACCCCAAGAGGAUCGUAUGUGGGAGAAACCGGCAAACUGAUAUCAUAGCGGCCCUACACGACGGUAUAGCGGGGGGGCACAGAGGAGUAGGUGCCACAUGCGUGAAGAUAAGCGAGUUCUACCAUUGGGACGGGAUGCUGACGAUGGUUAUCAAGUACUGCCGGUCCUGUAUACCUUGCCAAGAGAGAUCAGCGCAGAGGCCUGGAGAGCCCCUACACCCAAGGUUAGAAAGGGAAGUGGGUGCGGUCGUACACCUGGACCUAUUAUUCAUGCCAGCAGGAGAGAAUGGGUGUAACUACAUCUUCGAUGCACGGGAUAACCUUACUGGGUUUGUGGACGGACGAGCUAUCCAGACGAAGACUGACCCGGUUUUGGCAAACUGCAUCGAGGAGUAUUACUUGCGAUAUCCUUUUGUCAAGGAGUUCGUGAUGGACCGAGGAUCGGAGUUUACCUGCAAUGAGGUGGAGUUUCGCCGAAUCACGGGUAGUGAUCUACGGGGUCCGUCGCCGACGUCACCAGAGGGGGGGGAGGAGGUGCCAUUGAGGACGCCGCUCGACAGAUUGGAGGCUCAUCUCGAUGCGUCCCAGUGGGGGGCGUCACAGCUGGGAGCGGACCAGAGCGGACCGGCACAAUAUGAGCCAAUAGAGGAUGAUCUAGAGGAGGAGCCACCUGAGCCGGGGCCUGAGGCAAGGUCUCGCGAACCCAGGGAGCCGCAGACUGAGGGGGUUAUCACUGUUGGGGAUGAUACCCCUCCUCCUACCCCGAUUCCAGAGCAGGCGCGACAGUAUUGGCCUGAAGGAAUUCCUGAGCCGGACAGCGAGGAGAUGUUGGGGCCUCCAUCGGAAGCCACUACGCCACCCCCGACGCAGGCGGAGCCAAAGAGGGGCGAGAGGGCGAGGACAUCUACUAUUGUGGCGAUGCGACUAACUGAGUCUACAGGUGCACGCAUGGAUGUGGAGGUGCCGACAUUCGGGGAGCCUCCACAAGGGCCAUCACCCGCAGAGGAGGGGACAAGAGAAGCGCCAAAGCCGCCAAUUGACCCUCUGACGAGCGAGCAGAGGAUUAGUAAGGCUAAGGCCAGCUAUGAGAGCGAGAGGGAUGCGACUCGCCUGAGGUCGCGAGAGGUAGGACAGGGGAGUGCGAGAUUGGACGAGGCACGAGAGACAGAGGACUUGGGAUUUUCAGCCGCCAGGGUGGAGAUUGAGCGCGCAGAUAGGAGGAUAGGUGAGGUGGCGGUCUCGUCCUUCCAACGGUACUCCAUGCUCAACGAUGAGUUGGUGGCCUCGAGGUUAGAGGUGGGACAGUUGUCCACCCAACUGGCAGAAGAGAGGGCAGAGAAUCAAGCAUGGAGGUCCCGUAUGGAAGUUAAGGAAGCAGAAUGGGAAAAGAGGCUCCAGGACAUGGCGGCGAUGGUGGAGAGGCUCUCGGCCACUAAGGUGGUCGACUAGACGGAGCAAAGCCGGUAUGGU